AUGAACACUACAACAAUGUUACAGAGAACAGCAUCAUUGAUCCUAAUGCAGCAGUUGACGCUGGCCCUUGGUAAUGGCACAAUUCCUGUGAUUCCUCACAUGUGCGAAAGUAAAGUUCCCAAGCCAGUCAUUAACACUGCACUCUUAAACAUAGAAAUCGAUAUACCCAAUGCAAUCCAACCUCUGGUGCUUUAUCUGCAAAGUGAACAAUGUUACAAGUGUGAUUUGAUUCCAUGGUCAAGAAUAACUAAUAACUGUUCAGUCAGGAUCGACUCGAGAUGGCCAAUGAGGGUAGAGCUACGCCGGGAGCUACGCUCAAGUUCUAUAGUGUAUCUUUCAGAAUCUUGCAGGGAGAGUGCUCUGACUAUGCUUUACAAAGAAGGAGCAAACUAUACGAUUUAUCUGGAUUCGGAUAACGAUAACGUCACUUGUAAUCUGGUCAUGAACAAUGAUUCUGCAGAUCCCUUCAUCCCAAUCUACGUCGCCAUCACUGUUGGGAUUCUGUUAGCACUUCUGUGGACAUGCGGAAAGUAUUUAUACAGAUCCGGCUACAUACAUCGGGUUGUCUGUUUCUGGAGUACAGAAAGCAUGAUGUCUGAUUUGGGAACUCCCACAAACAUCAGCCAAGUAGACAAUGCUGCUUCACCAGAGCGUAGAACAGUUGUGAAAGAAAGAUUGAAGUCUCUGGACACAUUUAGAGGAAUUGCUAUUACCAUCAUGAUAUUUGUCAAUUAUGGAGGGGGACAGUACUGGUUUUUCAAACACUCCAAAUGGAAUGGCCUGACCGUUGCAGAUUUGGUUUUUCCUUGGUUUGUGUUUAUAAUGGGAACUGCAAUUGUGUUCGCUUUCAAAGGACAACUACAGAGCCUCGUUCCAAGAUGGAAAAUAUUUUUGAAGAUUCUUAAACGUUCUGCAAUACUCUUCCUGCUUGGAUUGCUCAUGAACUCUUUUGGUGUCAAAUCUGGCUUGGAUUUUGAUACUUUCCGAAUUCCUGGGGUGCUACAAAGGUUUGCAGGAACUUAUCUGAUUACAGCCAGCAUACAUCUCUUCUUAGCUCCAGCUCAACCCAAUCAGGUAAGUUACAUGCACUUCUUAACAUUCUUUGGCUACCUUGGCCCUGGUGGACUGGAGCAUGGUGGCAUUUACAGCAACUGUACCGGUGGAGCUUCAGGCUACAUUGAUCGCAUGAUCUUUGGAAGUUCUCACAUUUAUCAGACUCCAACUUCAGCGGAAAUCUAUCAGAGUACAGUCCCCUACGACCCGGAAGGUUUGCUGGGUACUCUGACCUCAUGUGUCCUUUGUUUCUUGGGAUUGCAGACUGGCCUGGGAAUAUUACUUUGUGAAGGAUCACUGAAUGAUGGAUGGAUCCCAAUCAAUAAAAAUUUAUGGUCACUAUCUUUUAUUUUCGUCUUGUCUGGGAUGGCAUUUUUCCUGUUGAUGGUCUGCUAUUUAUUGAUUGAUGUUUACAAAGUUUGGAAUGGAACACCAUUUUACUUUGCUGGUAUGAAUUCCAUUGCACUGUACUGUGGUCACGAGUUCUUUUCUGGGAGAGCUCCAGUCUACUUCAAGGUUCCAGAAACACAUGCAGCCUUGCUGGCACUGAACAUCUGGGGAACUGCGUUCUGGCUUCUAGUUUCUAUUUACUUUUAUUACAAGAAAAUUUUUAUUUCGGUUUAA